CAGGAAAAAAAAUCCAAAUAUGUGAGAGAAAAAAACUGGAGCUAUAUAAAGAGCCGUGAGACAGGAGAGCGCUCCGCUCUCGAACCCGCGGCCAUCGCAGCGGCGGGAAAAUGCUGCACGCGGGGAGGGUCGACUUUCACAUGACAUUGACGCCGCGCGGAUGAGAGAGCGCGCGCGCUGAGGGGGGGGGGGAGGAGAGGAGAGCAGAGGAGAGAGGAGAGCUCGCGCCACAUCGCGACGUCCCCGCGCGCGGAUGCUAGACGGCUGCGCGAGCCUCUCGUGGCGAAGGCGACGGCGACGGCACUCCUGUCUCGUGCGCGUUCUGCACGCGCCCACCCCCGCGCAGCCCCGCAACGAGCCGCGCUCCUACCGGACGGCCGGUGCGCGGAGUGGCGCUCGUUUCUACCCCGCUUUACCCCGCUUUACCCCCGCAGGACGGCGGCGCUCUCCAUGGACACAGCUGUGUCCCCGCGGCUGCGGUGAGAGUGUGUGAGGAGCCGCGCUGCGCACCGUUGUCCGUCGUCCACCUUUGCGCCCCCAAGUCCGUCGGUCCCGGGUCCCAGUCUUUGGGGGGGGGAGGGUGACGAACCGCGAAGCUGCUCUCCACGUGGACCGGUGCUGAAAUCCCCCGUCCGCCCGCGAGGACCCCCGCGAAGGCGCGCGACAUGGCGACCAACGGCACGAAGGCGACGGACGGACACGUCCUGACCGAGGUGAACGAGGCGGCCGCCGCCAACGCCGCGAGCGCGGCCGCGAGCGGCACCGCGAACGACAAGCCGAAGACGCUGGUGGUGAAGGUGCAGAAGAAGGAGGUUCCCGACCGCGAGACCUGGGUCGGCAAAUUUGACUUUCUCUUGUCUUGCGUUGGCUACGCCAUCGGACUGGGCAACGUGUGGAGGUUCCCCUACCUCUGUGGCAAGAACGGGGGAGGAGCCUUCUUGAUUCCCUAUUUUUUGACGCUCAUCUUUGCUGGAAUGCCCUUGUUUCUGCUCGAAUGUUCCCUUGGCCAGUACACCUCCAUUGGCGGCCUCGGGGUCUGGAAACUGGCUCCCAUGUUCAAAGGUGUUGGCUUGGCAGCAGCAGUUCUUUCCUUCUGGCUUAAUAUUUACUACAUUGUAAUUAUUUCCUGGGCUAUAUACUACCUGUAUAACUCCUUUACAACAGAACUUCCAUGGAAAACAUGUAACAAUCCCUGGAAUACUGACCAAUGUUACUCAAACUACAGCAUUGCAAAUACCACCAACCUUACAAGUGCUGUAGUUGAAUUUUGGGAACGCAAUAUGCACCAGCUAAGCGAAGGGCUGGAGAAGCCUGGUCAGAUCCGCCUGCCCCUCGCUAUAACCCUGGCCAUUGCGUGGGUGCUCGUGUACUUCUGUAUCUGGAAGGGUGUGAGCUGGACUGGGAAGGUCGUGUACUUCUCAGCUACAUACCCUUAUAUUAUGCUGUUCAUUCUGUUCAUUCGUGGCGUUACCCUUCCUGGGGCUAAAGACGGCAUCUUGUUCUACGUUACUCCUGAAUUCAGCAAGCUCAAGGAGUCAGAGGUUUGGCUCGAUGCGGCGACGCAAAUUUUCUUCUCGUACGGUUUGGGCCUCGGGUCGCUCAUCGCGCUCGGCAGCUACAACACCUUCAACAACAAUGUUUACAGAGACUCCAUCAUUGUGUGCUGCAUCAACUCCUUCACCAGCAUGUUCGCCGGCUUCGUCAUCUUCUCCAUUGUCGGCUUCAUGGCGAACGUGACCAAGAGGCCAAUAGCUGACGUGGCUGCGUCAGGUCCUGGCUUGGCCUUCUUGGCCUACCCUGAGGCGGUGACGCAGUUACCUAUAUCACCACUGUGGGCCAUCCUUUUUUUCUCCAUGCUGCUUAUGCUUGGAAUUGACAGCCAGUUCUGCACCGUGGAGGGCUUCAUUACCGCUUUAGUGGACGAGUUUCCGAAAGUGCUGCGAGGAAGAAGAGAGAUCUUCAUCGCUUUCGUCUGUCUCGUCUCGUAUUUCAUCGGCCUCUCCAACAUCACGGAGGGUGGUCUCUACGUGUUCAAGCUUUUCGAUUACUACUCUGCCAGCGGAAUGUGUCUCCUCUUCCUCGUCUUCUUCGAGUGCAUCUCCAUAUCGUGGUUCUACGGUGUCAACAAGUUCUACGACAAUAUCAAAGAGAUGAUUGGAUACAAGCCAUGUUUGUGGUGGAAACUUUGCUGGGUGGCGUUCACCCCUCUCAUCGUGGCUGGCGUGUUUCUCUUCAGCGCCGUACAAAUGGUUCCCCUCACCAUGAACAACUACGUGUUCCCGGCCUGGGGUCAGGGUGUCGGUUGGUGUAUGGCGCUCUCCUCCAUGGUCCUCAUUCCAGGAUAUAUGGGCUACAUGUUCCUCACCCUGAAGGGCUCGUACAAAGAGCGUCUUCGGAUAAUGAUUCAACCGACGGCCGUGGUCAAGAGCCAGGAGAACGGCCCGGAGCAGCAGCCCGAGAAUCCGAACCCCGCCAACGAGGAAGCGUACAUCUGAGUCGCAUUUCAAAAGGCCAACUUUCAUGCAGAACAAUGUAAUCAUGGUUGAACAUGAUCAAGGACUUCCAUGUCUAAUAUACAGUAUAAUCACCUACCUCCAGGGGCAUAUUGUGACCAACCUGAUUACAAGUUUAUGAGUUUUAUUUUUCAGUUGUAAAAGCAAAACAGAACAAAAAAAAAAAGAAAAAAAAAAAAAAAAGCACCCAGCAAUGUCCUAGCGAUAGUUUUGUCUCAUAUGCAAAAGAUUAGUCUUUCUAAAAAAGUCUAAUUAUUACCAUGAAACUACUGCGAUUUUAAUUAUGAUUUAAAUUUGGAGGCCCAAAUGUGAGUUGAUACUUCCAUGCUAACCUUUGAAGUAUGUAAUGUAAUUAAGCUAUUAAAAAUACUAUUGUGAGAAAACACUUUUAGAAUAGGUUGAUUGUAUUCUAAAAGAAAUACAGAACAAUUAUGAUUAAUGAUUAAAAUGCAAUUUUAAAGUUGCAUGGAGGAACUGAAGAACAUUACGGGAAUGUGCAACAGGCAAGGCCAAAUUUAUGAGAUAUAUAUAUAUUCUAUGUUAUGUAGCCAGACUGUCACUCUAUUUCAGGACACUACGGCCCUUUUUUCAAGUCCUGGGGCAACUAUUACCAAGAAGAAGGUCAGUGUGGAUCCGAAACUAUAUGAGCCAAUGGGUGAUGAAGUACCUGUCAGAACACAGAGUAAUAUCCAGAGAGACUGUUACAACUGUAUCUUUAUUUUCUAAAGAAAAACUAACUUUGUAUGUGACCGACAGUUUUUUUUAGAAUUAUUUUUAAGAUGUUUUCUAUGUAAGCGUUCACGUGAAGGACCAAAACCAUGUUUGUGUAAAUGCAUUUAGAGAUGCUGCGCCGCGCCGCCGGGCGGCCGCGACGGGACCGAAUCGAGCGGCUCGUCACCGCAGGGUGCAGCAUCGUCGCCGUGGCGACGUUCGGCGUCGGCACCGGCCGUCCACGCGCUUUCCGUUUUAGCUCACCGUUUCGUAGCACGCCGAGCGCGCCGCUCCUCAGGAACAGAGGUGGAAGUGACCAAACGUUCUCCUGAACCGAACCGAGACACGGCGUGUGAAAGCCUGCGGCCCGCGGCGUAGUCAAAGCCAUAGUCCGUCUCUAUGACCGUGCGCCUUUCCAACACUUUGGCUUGAGCUAGGAAGUCUUCAGGCACACUAGUGAACAACAAGAGUCUAGUCAUACAGAAAUAUGUUUUCCUUUAAUCUUUAAUUUUAUAGAGUUGUUUGGCAAUAAUAUAUGUGUAUGUAUAUGUAUGCUUAUAUAUAUAUAUAUAUAUAUAUAUACGCACA